GAUAAAAACGAGUGUAUUGACAACACUCAUGACUGUCAUGCCAAAGCUGUUUGUAAUAAUACCGAGGGAUCAUUUACGUGUAGCUGUACAGAAGGUUAUCAGGGGAACGGUCGGAAUUGCACAGGUGAGAUUCAUAGAUAUUCAUAGAGAGAUUCAUAACAAUGAAAUGUUUUUCAUAGCAUCAUAUCCAAUGGCUUAUAUCCUCGAACGCAAGGAGAAGACGGUCCAAUGACACCCCUUUUGGUCUCUUUUCAAUUUCGCUGAGAGUGAUUUAUCUGAAGACCAAAACGGUCAUUGCUAAUAUGCAUCACGGUUCUUGUUGACUUAUAGAUUUCCUAUUUUCGUGCAUUGUACUUCGUAUUUCAGUUGUAACCAUUGACCAACUAGUAACUAGAGGCAGUGGGUUCGAAUCGCGUCGAAGCCUGAAAAUUUCUUAGAUAGUCUACGAUAGUUUUUAAUUGCAACUUGUUUCUAGGAUUUCUCUUUAUUUGGUGUUCCUGCCCUUUUCUUGUUUACUUUCAAACUUUUUAGAUGUGGACGAGUGUACCAGCCAAACCCAUGGCUGUCACUAUAAUGCAAGUUGCAAUAACACAGACGGCUCUUACACAUGCAAAUGCAAAACGGGAUUCAAUUGCAGUAAGUAUAAGAAAUGUUGUGUGAUUUUUUCUUUCUUUUUAAUCGUUUUUUCAGAAGUUUACCUGACAACGAUUUGCGUGAUCCCCUUGAAACGGUGCCAGAGAUAAACUCUGAUAAAAUGUGCGUUUAAAAUGAACACUUACUUCGAUCAUUGCAGCUCAGACAGAUACUUUAUCAUUCGAUGUAAAUUGUGACAACGCGAAAUUCUUAUCCUAAGUACUAUGCAAGCACACCUUCCCUCUACCAAAUGAACACUGAAACAACCUGAAAUCUACGAAAUCGAGUUCGUACGGAUUACAUUUAAUGGGCCUAGGAUUCUGACGUGGUAAUGACCAGGAACUAGAUAAGACGAGUUUUUCACAAAUUGCGCUGAAGUGGUUCACUUUUUGAUAUGUUUACACAGGAAAGUCACCCAAAAAACCCAAUAACGAUCAGUGCUCAGAAAUUAUAUUCGUCACGAGAAGACUCCUCCUCUGAUAAAUAACGUGUAUCUCACAUUUUCCCCCAAAUUGUCAAACUAAUUUCAAAUUUCUUUACCAGAGUAGGGAAACUUAAGAUCUGAACUGCCCUUAACGAGCUUAAUGUUAUGUAUUUGUUCUCCCAGCUGUUUAAACUGAUCAUACAACCAGCUGCCAGACUAAACAUAAACAUUCGUGAUAAAGAUGAAAUUACAACUUAAUAAAAAAAAAUGGAUGUCAAUUUUACAUUUUCCUCUCAGCAUUCAAAGCCGUGUUCUCAAAUCUCAAUGCCACUGGAAGAUAUGGUCCAACAUCGCUCGGAAGUUACUACGCAGGUCAGGAUCAUGACAGACAAGUUGCUUUGUCCAGCGGUAUUCAGCAGUGGACUGUGCCGCACACUGGCGAUUACAGAAUAGAAGCAAUAGGGGCAGCUGGAGGGUACGAUCCACGGAUUAACAGCUCUCAGUAUCGCGGAAGAGGAGCAAGAAUGAUUGGAACAUUCCGCUUAAACAAGGGUGAAGUCAUCCAGGUACUUGUAGGUCAAGAAGGAGGAAUAAACAAGAGGCGUUAUUCUUCUGGAGGUGGUGGAGGUACAUUUGUAGUGAGAGGAGCCAACACACCUUUGAUAAUAGCAGGAGGCGGAGGAGGGGUAGCAUGUGUAAAUUCAAGACAUACAGAAUGUGACGCCAGCUCAAACACGACAGGGAAUCCUGGGUACAGAUCAUGGGCAGGGGGGAGCAAUGGACAUGGUGCACAGACUGCUGAUUCUGGACCAUUAUCAGGUAAGAAUAUUUUUCAAUAAUCUUUAGCAUUUCAGCAUUUUGGUAGUAAUUUAAAAAUUUCGUACGAAAUGUUUAUUCUGCUAUAAUCUCACGAUAUCCCCAUCAAAAGUUUUCUAAUUUAAUUAAUAUCAUGAUAUUUUAGGUGGUGGUGGUGGUGGUGGCGGGUUCUACUCCAGUGGAAGAAGUGGAAAGAAUUUCAAUGGGACCAAGGCGUAUGGAGGAGAGGGUGGCAAGGGAUUUCUGCAGGGAGGGGUAGGUGGGAGAUCAGGGUAUGUCGACGUCACUUAUGGUGGGUUUGGCGGAGGAGGUGGAGCAAGGGAUUGGUGGUUUGGAGAAGGAGGAGGAGGAUACUCUGGGGGAGGCAGUGGACGUUAUCAUUACGAUACCUGUGGGGGUGGUGGUGGAUCCUACAAUGCUGGAAACAAUCAGCAGAAUGAAUGUUGUUACAACGACGCUGGCCAUGGUCAGGUGACCAUCACGCUACUGUAG